AUGGGAGUACGCACUGCCUUCUCAUCAAUGGAUCCAACCAAGACGCAGCAGCGAGAAAACGAGGAUGAUGAUGAUAACGAGGUAUAUAAAAAUAGGUCGUCGCCACAUAAAAUAUUAGAGAUUAAGACGACUGAUGGUCAGAAGAAAGAAGAAGACACCGAGAAACAAAAGAAGGAGGAGGACUUGCUGUCUGAUGAUGAUGUCAUAUUCGCUUGCUUUACGCACGGUUGCCUCUUUUUGAGUUUAUUUCUGAUUGUCUUUUCGCUGUUUUUCUAUUAUCUGUCUCUGCGGCCCUAUUCUGGUGAUGACGUCAGGGUGGGUGUGGCAUUUGUUGCGUCUGCUUGCUACCUUUUAGGUGCCGAGAGUGCUUGGCUUUUGGGGACUUUGAUAUGCAGCUACGUCGACAACCGCUUUAAACGGCCAAAGAAGGUUGAACCUGCAUGGAUUUUUCCUGUUGUUUUAAUCGCCAUUUAUAGUAUUGUUUAUUUUUUCAUUAUUUACUAA